ACGUGCAUUAAUACUUUAAAUAAUUUUUUGCGAAAUACGAGACCUCCAGCAGUGAUCAUGUACCUUCUCUUUAGUUCACAUUGUAAUAUUUAAAAUGACCCGGGUUUUUCCAUUUUUAACGGAUAGUCGUCUUAAGUAGUGUACAUGGGCUGUAGCUAUUGCCAAAAAAAUAAAGUAUUAAGAGGAAAAACAUCAUUUGUAAUUAGUGUGCGUGUGCGUGUUUGCGACCUUGAACGGGGUGAAUAAGUGAUCGUCCCACGUAAACUGAGACGGUUGUUUCGCGGCUCACUGUAUCUACAAGUGACCACAUAAUAGUGGUACUGACUUCAGUUGACGUUUGCACGUCCAAGCUGCAACAUGAUUCAAAACUUGAUGACAGUUCUGUUCGGCGCGUGGCUCUUCAGCGCCGUUCAGACUCAACCACAACAACCAUUUCUUACAGAACUUUUCCCUGAGCAGUUACAGCAACAACAACUACAGUUUCGGUUGAAUGAUGUUCAAGUGCAACUGCAACAAGUCAAACAGGCGCUCGAAGCACAGCCCCAAGACGCUGUACACCGACAAUCAUUGAUGUUGCAAUAUGACGAAUUUAUGCGUGUACUCCAAGAAAUUCAACAACAAAUGCUUGUUUUACAACAACGAAUACAAGAAAGGUUAAGUGGUAAAGUUAAAUUCCAGCCCGUACCGCUUAUAGAUGUAUCACAAUUUCAACAGCAAAAAAUGCAAGUACCAAUUCCAAUACAACAAAAACCAUUAAAAAAUCAAUCUUCUGGAUCAUGUAGUACAGUCAGUGGAGAACCAGGAACUUGUAAACCGCUAGUUAAUUGUUUGUCAUUUUACGCAGAAUUACCUGAACUCAAAAAACAGCCAUGUAAGUUAGCAGUUAAUGAAUUUGGUGUUUGUUGUCCUGCCAGAAAUCGUAAACCAGAUAAUCAGCUGGUAACCGGUGUAAUAAGAGCUCCACCUCCACCACCAGUGAUCAUUCCUCCUCUUACCUCACAACAGUUAAACGAUGCGGCGGUUAACGCUAUACAGCAGCUCAACGAACGUCAAGUAUUGGUUACAUCAUUAUUCACUAAGAGAAUCUUGUUACCCACGGGAAGUGCAGCUGCAUGGCAUCAAGAGCUUUUCCAGACCACUAAUGAAACUUUAUCGCAGGGAGAACAAGCUCAAAAAUCUGUAGAUGCAAGUUUAGGUUUAGUUAAUAACUUCAAUUUAACACGUGAUCAAGGUACAUUCGCUCUACCCAAUUUCAGUAUUCUAGAUACGGUACUUGGUGAUACUUGUCCAAGAACUUCUUUUUGUCAACCACACAAAUAUAGAUCGACUGAUGGAUCAUGUAAUAAUAUCCAACAUGAACAAUGGGGACGUGCCAGUACAGCUCUUCAGCGUAUUUUGCCUCCAAAAUAUGCUGACGGAGUUAACUUGCCAAGAUCAAAAGCAUCUGAUGGCUCUCCAUUGCCUAGCGCUAGAGUGGUGAGCAUCACAUUUACCCAAGAUGUAGAUGCGCCAUCUGAAAAUUACACAAUGUUGCUUAUGCAAUGGGGUCAGUUCCUAGAUCACGAUAUGACACAAACCCCAAUAAGUCGAGGUCAGAUGGGUAGUGGUAUAACAUGUUGUAGAAAUGGUCGAGAGAUAGAUGUUUCUCUUCAACAUCCAGAUUGUUUUCCUAUAGAAAUACCACGCAAUGAUCAAAUGUUUGGACCAUUUAAUGAAAGAUGUAUGGAGUUUGUAAGAUCUUUACCAGCUCCUCGUCCUGAGUGUAAUUUUGGGCCUAGAGAACAAAUGAACCAGAUUACUGCCUAUUUGGACGGUUCUAGUAUUUAUGGAUCUUCAUUGUCCUCACAACAGACUCUUAGAACGUUUCAGAGUGGUAUGAUGCAAUUUCAAAAUAUUAGAGGAAAACAUCUAUUACCAGCUAAUCCAUCAGAAUGCUCAGAUGAUACAGGCAGAGCAGCUUGCUUCAGGGCAGGAGAUGCGCGGGUAAACGAACAGCUUGAUCUUGCUAUAAUGCAUACGAUUUGGUUAAGGGAACACAAUAGAAUUGCAAUGGAAUUAUCAAGGUUAAAUCCUAGAUGGAGUGAUGAAGCAUUAUUUCAAGAAACUCGAAGGAUUGUAAUCGCUCAAAUACAACACAUUACAUAUAAUGAAUUUCUUCCUAUUAUUUUAGGUAGAACAUACAUGAAUAAAUUUGGUUUAUCACCAGAGGAAGUUGGAUGGACAAGGAAAUAUGAUUCGGAAUUAAACGCUGGUAUAACAAAUUCUUUUGCGGGAGCAGCUUAUCGGUUUGGACAUACGCUUAUUCAAGGAAAUAUUCAUGGAUAUGGAAAAUUUGGUAACAUAAGAGAGAACUUAGUUCUCAGUAAGCAACAUUUCGCUCCAUUUAGUAUUUAUAAAGAUGGCGCAUUGGAUGAUUUCAUCAGAGGACUGUCGUUUCAAAGUUCACAAAAAUUCGAUCGAUUUUUCACCAAAGAAGUAACUGAUCAUUUGUUUCAAGGGAAUUUGAACUUUGGAUUAGACCUUGUUGCGUUAAAUGUACAGAGAGGGCGCGAUCAUGGUUUACCACCCUACAAUGAUUGGCGCGAGGUAUGUGGCUAUAAAAGGGCUAAAAGCUGGAAUGACUUAGAAGAGUUCAUGGAACCACAAACUAUUACGAGAUUAGCAAGAUUAUAUAAUUCAGUAGACGAUAUUGAUUUAUAUAUUGGUGGAGUUGCAGAAAAAUCUAUGGCAGAUGCUUUGUUGGGGCCUACUUUUGUAUGCAUCGUUGGAGAUCAAUUUUCUAGAUUACGACGUGGCGAUCGAUUCUUUUACGAAGAAGCAGGUCAACUUUCUGCUUUUGAUCAAGUUCAACUGCAAGAACUAAGAAAGAGUAGUUUAGCACGAGUAAUAUGUGACAAUUCUGAUGAAAUGGCUCUAAUACAACCAUUAGCUUUUAUGAAACCUUCAUUCCUAAAUCAAAGAGUGGCGUGUGCUAGUUCAUCAAUACCAAAAGUUGAUCUGAGAGCUUGGGCUGGUGAAGAAACUGCAGUGCCAUAAAGCUUAAUUAGUCUAUAAAUGUUAAACUGAAUAUUAACUCAUAUUGUUAGUUAAAUUAUACAUGUAAACUAAAAUUUGUAAAUAUAUAACAAAAUACAUCUCAAUUUAUUUCUAACAAUA